AUGGACGCAGUGGCUGAUUCGCUAGUUACAUAUCUCAUUGACAAACUUAAAGGGUAUUAUCUCAAGCCUCUAUCCACAGAGCGCCGAUUCCUUGUUGGGAUAUGUGGAAUUCCUUCCAGUGGUAAAACCACUCUAUCCAAGAAAAUAGUCGAAAAGAUUAAUUUGCUAGAGAAUGGAGCUGCUGUCCUCGUAGGGUUGGACGGCUGGCAUUACAGUCGUGCAGAAUUAGAUAAAUUCGACAAUGUGAAAGAAGCCUAUGAUCGCAGAGGGGCCGCCUUUACGUUUGACUCUGCUUCGUACGUCAAGUUCGUAACAGCUCUCCGACAAAGCCCUUCGUUCAGCGUCACGCCCCCGCCGCAAACCUCCAUCAUAUAUGCACCCACAUUCGACCACGCGCUAAAAGAUCCUACCCCAAACGGUCAAUCCAUUCUUCCUUCACAUCGGAUAGUAGUAAUCGAAGGGCUCUACACAUUCAUUGAUACUCCAGAGUGGAAACUCGCGGCAGAAGCACUUGACGAGCGAUGGUUGAUCGAGGUGGACAUACCAGAAGCCACUCGAAGACUGGUUCAAAGGCAUGUUGUGACAGGGGUAGCAAAGGAUCUAGAAGAAGCCAACUGGCGGGCCGAGAACAAUGAUAUGCCGAAUGGAUUAUGGGUACUGGAACACAUGACGGAACCAACUCGAAGAAUUAAAAGCAUCACAGAGCCUGAUUUGUAG